AUGGAUAAAGGUGAGAAGAUUGGAGAUGGUGACAAUUCUCUUCAUGAAAGCUUCUCAAAGGCGGAGGAAGUGAUCAGUGACAUUGAAAGCGGGCAGUUCUCGUCAAACGAUAUGCAGGGUCGUAUAAAGGACGCAAUUGGGACAUUAGAAGACCUCACCAGGGCUGUAUCUACGCUAUGUUUAUUUUCAAGCAACGAGCAGGUUGAGGAUAUACCCACAUCUUCCCUUCCUUAUCUACUUAUACCGUGCUAUCUCGGUGUUGCCCAACACAACAUUGCAACUACUGAUCCUAUCCAACGCCGGGAUCAGCUGCGAUUAGCGAAGGUGUAUUACAUUGACUUCAUUCGACGCAUAAGGAACUAUGGUUUCGAUUUCGAAAGCUAUGCACUUUCUUUGGACAGUGGGGAUUUGUCUGACACUCCACAGCCCUCGAUAAAAAAGUUUAGUGGUGAAGAAUUAAGGGAGCAGAAAAUUGCACGUUUCCGGAGGCAAAAGGAGUUGAAACAAGCAAUGCAAGCUUUAAAACAGCAAAAGCAGUUGAACAAUUCUGAUGAUUCGAUUGUGAGAGAGCUCCAUCUAACACUGAUAAAGUACUGGAUCGAAAAGAUUUUGGAGGAGUUAGGCUCUAUUGAAGAUGAGCUGCCGCUAGUGGAGAUGAUGGGGAAACGGCAGCUCGAGAUGAAAAAUGGUUCCGAAUUAAUUAACAACAGAGCAGCCUCCACUUCAGAAAGCGCUGCAAAGCCACCGGGUUUGAAGCCGUUCAUCAUCACUCGAUCUGAGCAACAAAAAGCGGUUUUUGGUCUUGGAUACCCAUCAAUCCCAACAAUGACCGUCGACGAAUGGUACAAUCAGAGAUUUGGUGAUAAUGCGUCAUCAACACAGUCUUCUCAGAAACCUGGAUGCUCCGACAGAAAUGCGGGAGACGGUUGCGAGGAAGAUCAUGGACGAGAAGAAACUGAAGAGGAGACCAGAGCAAACCUGAUGAGAUGGGAUGAAUACAAGGAUUUUCACCGCCGAGGAUGGGGCAACACCCAUAACAAAGGAUAA